AUGGCUCCAUCCGAUGGACUCUCUUCGAUCCAAUAUCGAUCCAUUGAUCUAUCAGCCCGCGAAGUGAGGCUGCUGGAGCUACAGCCAUCUCCCACCAACGGCAUCAAUGACCGCGUAGUUUGUCGUCUCGUUCAAGAGAAGCUGACUGAUUCUCCUGACUACAUUGGCCUCUCAGCCCUCUAUGGUGACAUCACAAAUACGGAAACCAUCAUCCUCAACGGCAACAAGGUCGCCAUCCCUCUAGACCUUGCCGAGGCACUACGUUAUGUCCGGGAUGUCUUUCUAGGCAGGCGGAUUUCCACUGCCCAUUCCACAUCGGCACUCGACCUCGAACUGCAAAGAAAUGGCAAUAAUAACACCACCGCCCAAGAUCAACAAGAUUCGCCGCCACCUUCACCAACAACAAAGCGUCCCGGCUGGCUAAGGACAUUUCUAAAGAAACUCGUGGAUCCAGGCUCGGCCAAGACAGACAAACAACCGCCAUUGCGUGUCUGGGUCGAUCUAUUAUGCAUCGACACACGAAACAAGCGUGAACAUGCCGAGCGUCGCGCCACCAUGGCUCGCGCAUAUCGUCAGGCGCGACUGGUGGUAGGAUGGCUAGGCCCCAAAGACUCGACAUCUGACCUAGCCAUCGAGAUUAUCAGAGCGUGGGAUAGUUGCAUGCCUGCCAACUUCGGAGAACCCGGCGACCGUGAAGCGAACCCGAAGAACUACGCACCCAUCCUUCAGUGGAUGGGCCCCGUUGCUCAUCUCAGCGACAUUCCUGAGGGUAUCACCGACCCUACAGAGGUGCCCAGCUAUAAGGCUAUCUCCAGGUUUCUCAACAGGCCAUAUUUCCGGAAUACGUGGAUCCUUGAUGACAUAGCAAUGGCGUCGUUUCCUACGUUCAUGGUGGGUGAUGGUAUCGUGUCUUGGAUGCAGAUCCUACGCCUCAACCGCGUGAAUGAGGAUAUCAAGGACCAUGGCGCGGAGAUGUUUCCAAGUGAGCUACGGCCUUUGCUCGAGUAUAUGCCUCUUGGUAGUGUUUACACGUUUCUUAAAGAGUUUGACCGGCGACAGAAGCAAGAGGAGGGCCGCCCUCCGAUGUGCUCUACGCCAGCCAGUUCCAUACGCAGUUCUGUUUCAAUGACGGCGUUGAAGACAAGGCAAAGAUAA